AUGAAAUAAAAAGCACCUUAAAUAUCACCUAAUAAAUUGUAUGCUAGUUUAUUAAAAAAAAAAAAUGAAAUUGAGCAAUAACAAAAAAUUGUUAAAUCUCCUAUUAUUUAAGGGAGUCCUUUUAUUAAUACAUAAAAGUAAAAAGCAUUUUUUAUUUUAGAAAUAGCACUGGUUAAGUGAAAAUAGAUUCAAAAAAACAAAGACCAUCAAGUGGAAAAGAUUUGAAAGAUAUUAGCACAGUUUUAUUAAAAAAAACUCAUGUACGUUAAAAUAGUAAAAUUAUUGAAACAAAAGAGAAUUCAUAAAAUCUAACAUAAUCAGCAUUAUAACUAUUGUAAAAAAUAAAGGCUGAUCGACCAGAUAAUAAAAUAGGAUAAAUAUAAACCUCAAAAGAAAUAUUACAAUAUCAUUAGUAAUUAAUUUAAAAAUAAUAUUAAAAAUUGCUUGAUUUAUCUAAAUAAACUGAGAAUCAUUAGUUAUAAUAAUAAUAAUAAUAAUAAUAACAAUAAUAAAAAUAGAAACUAUUUAAAGGUCCUCGAUCUAUUAGUAAUCCAGAUAUUACAACACUUUAAUUAUGUAUUUCUAAAGCUCAUGCAAAAUCAAUUCCAGGAAUGCUUUAUACUGGAUAAACUAAAACUAAUUAAGAUUCUUAUAAAUUAAUAUAAAAAUUUGGAACUAAGGAAAAUGAUUGGUAUCUUUAAGUUUCUGAUGGUCAUGGGACAAAUGGACAUUAAGUUGCAUAAUUUGUCCAAGAGAUUUUACCUGCUUAUAUAGAACAAGAAGUAGUGUAAUCUCCAUAUUAUUAUGACAGAGAUAAGUAAUUUAAUUUACACUAUAUAAAAAUAGAACAAUAACUAAUAUUUUUAAACAAAGUUUUUAAUAAACAAAUGAAGAUCUACUAAAUUCUGGAAUUGAUGUAACUUAUUCAGGAGCCACUACUGUUGUAGUAAUUGCAUUUGAGAAUAUACUUUAUUGUGCUAAUAUUGGAGAUAGUAGAGCUGUAUUAAUGAAUUAAUAUUAUAUAGAUAAUAGGAAGAUACGAUACUAAAUUAUCUGUGAUUGAAUUAUCAAAAGAUCAUAAACCUGAUUGUUUUUUAGAAUAAGCUCGAAUCAUUUAAAGAGGAGGCAGAGUUCAAGCUUAUAGUGAUGAGGAAGGUAAUCCUAUAGGACCAGCCAGAGUUUGGAAAUCUGAUGAAGAUGUACCUGGAUUAGCCAUGUCUAGAAGUUUUGGUGAUUAUGUAGCUAGUUUAGUUGGAGUAAUUAGUGAACCAGAAAUUAUUAAGCAUUAAUUAUUGCCUACAGAUAAAUUCUUAGUAGUAGCUUCUGAUGGAAUUUGGGAGUAUUGUUGUUAAUUAAUAAAGAUUUUUAUCUAACGAAUGGGUUAUUGAAACAGUAUAUGAAUUUUACAAGAAAGGUGAUUGCAUAGGUGCUUGUAAUAAAUUAGUUUAAGCAGCAAAAGAGGCAUGGCAAAUGGAAGAUGAAGUCAUUGAUGACAUUACUGUCAUUAUUGCAUUUUUAAAAUGA